AUGCGUCGGUCAUGUAAGCUUCUUUUGGCUUUCUUGUUAUUAGUGACAUUUGUUGAUUUAUUCAAAUUUUGGUGCUCGGAGGACUACAAGGACUGGGUCGAAGCUGAACAAGACGAAAUUGACUUGAAAUCUGUAUUCAAAAGAUUCGAUACUCAAGAUGUUUUCACUCGAUGGCAUACAUGUAUCACAGAGAAUUUGUUGUGGAUUGAUAAUCCUGAGAAGUUCUGGGAUGACUUUAUGUUUGCCUCAAAACGGUGUGAUCUACGUGCUAAUGUUCAACAAAUUGGGAUUGUCACUUUGAAAAAUUCGGACGAAAUGAAACAUGUCAUAUUCCCAAAAAUUUACAACUUCGGUCCGCACAACUUGUUUUCCAUUGGAAUCGGAAGAGACAUUCAAGCAGAAAGACAAUUCAGACGAAAAAUGAAAAAGCUGGGAAACAAUGUAACAUUCUAUGGAGCAGAUCCAGUCAGUUACAUAAAUGAUGAUCUUUAUUCUCAAAUUGGAACUUAUUUCCCUCUUGCAAUUGGCUCUCAUAGCGGAAUUUCAAAUGCUAUGGUUAUGAUUGAAGAUGGUGGCUACAGUAAGAAGAGUAUGAUCCACGUCGACAUUUUGUACUUUUUCAAAAAUCUUCUGAAUGUUACGAAAAUUGACAACAUGUGGUUUGAUGCAGAAGGUGCUGAAUUUGGUGACGGAUUCUUUGAUAUAUUCUACAGAAAUGGAAGAUUCGAUCAGAAUGGAAUUGACAUUUGUCAGAUUAACAUUGAGAUGCACAAACAUCAAGACUAUCCAGAGAGAAAAACACAAUUCAUGGAGUUCGUGAAACGUUUGAUAAGGGAGAAGAGAUUCGGUAUCUUUGCUGGAGAUCAAUACAUCCAUAACCGAAUGUUUUUAUUCAAUUUUGAAAGUCAGUACUGCUUGAGAAAGUUUUUGAAUAAAUUCGGAUAG